UCAUACUUGCGUUAUUUCCGCUCUUUCUUUUCCUCAGCCCAACUAUAUUUCCUCUUCUUCAGUAUUGCAGCUCUCUUUCAACACUCUCUAUCUCUCUGUUUUCUCACUAUUUCUUUCUUGGAAAAGAAUCAAAGAAAAAUGUCUAUUGAUCCUGCCAUAACUAUUGCGUGGGAUGUUUUGAAGUGCGUAGUGGCUCCCAUCAAGCGUCAAUUCGGAUACGUCAUGUCCUCUAAGAGCUAUGCCCGGGAUCUUCAGAAGCAAGUUGGGAAGCUGGCGUAUGAGGCUGAGAGGGUUCACAAUGCCGUGGAAGUGGCCAGAAGCAAUCUUCGGAAUGUAUACAGUCAGGUCAUGGAGUGGCAGGCAUGUGCUGAGAAGUCCUUGAAGGAUGCGCAAGAUCUGUUGGGCGUCAUCGAAAAAGCGAGCAAGACUUGCUGCUACGGGACUAUUCCUGACCCUAGUAGUCGCUAUCAGUUUAGCAGGAAGGCCAAGGAAAAGAUUGAGAUCAUUCGGCAACUCGCUCGAGAAGGCAGUGAAUUCAAGGACAUCUCCUUCAGCGAUCCUGCUCCAGGGAAUGUCGUUGCUCCGACUCUAGCUGGGGGAGCAGGCAAAGAUGUGGUCCAGUUGACCGCCGCGAUGGCCUCCACUUCUUCUGCCUCGAUGUUAAUUAAGCUAAAGGAUGAUGGCGUCUUCGAAUCCAGAGCUUCGAUGAUACGGAAGAUCAUGGAUGCUCUGGCCGACAACUGCUAUAGUGUGGUUGGGGUUCACGGGAUGGGCGGGGUCGGCAAGUCCACCCUUUUGGUUGAUGCCGAAAGGUGCAUACGGGAAGAGAAGUCAUUUGAUCUGGUUGCUAAGGCUGAUGUGUCGGAAAAUCCGGACAUCAAAAGGAUUCAAGAAGAGAUUGCGCACGCGUUGGGCCUUAGUGACGUGAAGAACGAAGAGUAUGUUAGCCUGCGAGCUAAUCUUCUACACAGGAGGUUGGAAGAUGAGGAGAGGAAGAAAAAGAAGGUCCUCAUAAUACUGGACAACCUAUGGGAGGGGCUCGACUUGAAAUCAGUCGGCAUUCCUUGCAGACAUGACAACAGAGUUUUAGGAUGCAAGUUACUGUUGACAUCGAGAGAUAGAGAUGUUUUGCGAAGGGAAAUGGCCUGCGACAGGGACUUCCUCCUUGGUGGGCUGAAGGAGGAAGAAGCGAGAAGAUUGUUUGAGAGAAUGGUGGGAGACAAAGUACAUGAUGAUGUGUUCAAACCCUUGGUAGAUGAAGCACUCCACAAAUGUGCAGGUUUGCCUUUCUUAAUUCUUGCAAUGGCCAAACGUUUUAAAGACGCUGAUAUAUUUGAAUGGAGUGAUACUCUGAAGCAAAUCGAGAUGUGUAAGAAUGAAGGAAUUGGUGAGGUGAUAAAUAAGAUGUUGCAAUUGAGUUAUGAUCAUUUGAAAGGCGAUGAGGUGAAGUCAUUGUUGCAACUUUGUGUUGUCUAUGGCAUCUCUAAGCCCUCUCUUAAUAACUUGGUGAGGUACGCAAUAGGUUUGGGGUUAUUUGGAGAAUAUAAUCGCUUGGAGGAUGCUAGAAAUAGGUUAAGAUCACUAAUUCGUACUCUUCAAGCUUCCUCCCUUUUGUUGGACAAUGGAGACGCCGAUAGUUUCAAGAUACAUGACUUGGUUCGUCAGUUUGUUUCCUCGGUUGCUUCAAGGGAUCACCCUCUUCUUGUGUUGAAAGAUAAACAUAAGUCAGUAACUAAGUUAUCGAAGGACACGCUCAAAAGUUGUAAGGCUAUAUGCUUUCCCUAUGUUGACAUGAAAGAGCUUCCUCAAGAAUUAGAUUGCCCUGAACUGCACAUCUUUUUAUUGUUCACAAACAAUAAAUCUCUUAAUGUCCCAAAUUCAUAUUUCGAUUCUAUGAGAAAAGUCAUGGUCUUAAAUCUUACUGGGAUACGUCUCACUCUUUCACCUUCCCUAUUUCAGUUCUUGGAGAACUUACACACUUUAUGUCUUGAUGGUUGUUUGUUAGAGGAUGUAGCCAUUCUUGGCAAGCUAAAAGGACUAGAAAUUCUCAGCUUUGUGAACUCCAAAAUUCAGCGAUUGCCAAAAGAGAUGGGGCAAUUGGCAAAGCUGAGGUUGUUAGACCUGAAUUGUUCCCUACUUGAGAUAAUUGAACCAGAUGUGCUUGGAAGCUUGAUCAAAUUGGAGGAGCUAUAUAUGGAGAAUAGCUUUCAUCAAUGGAAUGCCAUGGAGCAAACUCCACCAACUAAUGCCAGUCUAAUUGAGUUGAAUAAUAUGACGAAUCUCUACACUUUGCAUGUAUCCAUUCCUGAUCCGAGUGUGCUUCCAGAGGAUUUAAACCUCGAGAAAUUAACGAGGUAUCGAAUCCAAAUAGGUAAUGCAUGGCGCUGGCCAAGCGAGAAUAAAGGAUCGAGGACAUUGGAGCUCAAGUUGAAUCCAGUAAGCGAAGUUCUUCGAAAAGGAUGUAUACAAUCUAUCUUAGGCAAAACCAAUAAUCUGUUUUUGGACGGGUUGAAUGGAAUUGAGCAAAGUAUUUGCAGAUUAUCCCUGAAAUGUUUUCCAAAAUUAAAGCAUCUACACAUCCAGAAUAGUUCCUCCGUCCAUUACAUCCUUGGAUGGCCUUGCAUUCCCACUUUUAAGACGUUAGAGUCAUUACAUCUCCAAAAUCUCAUCAACUUGGAGAAGCUAUGCCACAACUAUAUCUCCUCGAAGUCCUUCAGCACACUAAAAGUAGUACGCGUCAUAAAUUGUGAUAAGAUGGAAGUUUUGUUUCCUCUUUCAUCAAUGAGCGAACUUCCACAGCUAGAAGAGAUUAGUGUUUUCGAGUGCUAUUUAAUGCGGGAGAUUGUAGAAGCUGAUAAGUGUGGCAAAAUUGAGUUGCGUAAUUUGCAUGAGUUGAAAUUGCGUGACUUGCCAAAUAUAAAAAACUUUUCCAUUGCCAAGAUAGCUCCUUCGAAUAGUACAUCAGACGACCAAGUUGGCACUCGAGUUGCAUUCUUCAACGGGCAACAGGUUACAUUUCCUUGCUUGGAGAAUUUAGAUAUCAGUGGGAUGGAUAACAUUGAGAUGAUAUGGGACAAUCAAGUUACUGAGGAUUCUUUCCACGAUCUAGAAUCGCUUUCUGUGCAUGAAUGCAGUAAGCUGAAGUGUGUAUGGGAUAAGAAACUCUACUGUCAAGACAAAUUUCAGUGUCUACGUUCUGUUAGCAUUUCCAGAUGUGAGAGUCUCACCUCUCUAUUUCCCACCUCAGUAGCCAAAGAUCUAAUCCACCUUGAGGAGCUAAAGAUUGAUAAGAGUGGCAUUGUGAAACUCAUCGAGAAGGAAGGAUCAGAAGAGCUGACUAUCAAUGUGGAAGCUGUACAAGGCCCAAGUCAUAACCUAAAAGUAAUAUUACCCAUUUCAAAAUAUUUUGGACAUCUGAAAACUCUAGAUGUGUCGUAUUGUGAUGGGUUGUCAAAUAUGUUUCCUCCUAUAAUAGCUGAAAAUUUGGUGGAACUCACAAAAUUGAGGAUAAGUAAUUGUAAAAUGUUGACAGAAGUCAUUAGUGAUGAGGGAGGUAAGGAGGGGCAUGUAGUGGCUUUUAAUCAAUUAAAGUAUAUGGAGCUUAAUGGGUUGAUAGGGUUGAGGUGCUUUAGCUCAGCUAAAUACACUUUGAUGUUCCCUCUCUUGGAAGAUGUCAUUGUGAUUGGAUGUUUUAACAUGAAGUUCUUCUCUAGGGACCAAUAGAGGCGCCAAAGUUGAGGAGAGUACAAGUGUCGGAAGAAACGUGGUUUUGGAAGGGAAACCUCAACAUCACCAUCCAAAAUAUAUAUGAAGAAAUGGCUAUGGUUGCUAAAGUAAACUUUAUGCGGCUGUCUGAGUUCCCUGGGCUGAUCGAAAAAUGGCACACUGAACUUAUUCCCAUAAAGUCGUCUUGGCAGUUAGAAUCACUGGUGGUAGAUAAAUGUUCAUCGUUUAUUAAUGCUAUUUCUCCUAAAUUAAUGCUGUUUUUAGGCAAUAUGAAAUCAUUGCAAGUGCAUGAUUGCGAAUUGCUAGAAGUAGUAUUCGAUCUCGAAGGAUUGGAGGCGGUGGAAAGCACUUGGGUGUUGCCUCAAUUACAGUUUCUGCACUUGGUCAAUUUACCAAAGUUGAGGCGACUAUGGAACAAAGAUCUUCAAGGGACGCUUCUCUUUGGUUAUCUAAGUGCUUUGACCCUUUAUAAUUGUAGCAACUUGAGACAUGCUUUUGCUCCAUCGAUGGUUCAAUGCCUUGCCAAUCUUACAUUGAUGGAAAUAAAGGAGUGUGGUCAAAUGGAAGGAGUGAUCGCAGAGGGAGUAGGGGAAGGAAGUGGAGUGGACAAGAUUACUUUCUCGAUUCUUUGGGCGAUAAAGCUGGAGUACUUGCCCGAUUUGACUACUUUCCUCUCGGGGACGAAUCAUAUGCUCGAUUGUCCCGGAUUAUAUGAGCUGAGUAUUGCCCACUGUCCCAAGAUGAGAAGUUUGACUUCGCAAUCUUCGAUGGAGAUUGACCAAGGCACUCAAUCACUUUUCACUCCACAGGUACAAUUUCCUUGGCUCAAUUCCAUGGUUCUCUCCCACAUGGAAAACUUAACCAAAAUAUGGACCGAUGGUCCUGGAGAAACUCUCACUUCCAAACAUUUAGGCAAAGUGGUGGUUCAAAGUUGUAAGAGCCUUGAAAAUCUAUUUCCGCACUGGGUGGCUAGUAGUCUAAACCAACUUGAGAAACUUCGAGUGGAGUUUUGUGUGAUCGAGGAAAUAGUUGCGAGUGGAGAUGACACUCCACUCUCCACUACUGCUCAAUUUCUUUUCCCGAAACUGACCUCUCUAGUAUUACAUGAUAUGCCACGACUCAAGAGCUUCUGCCCCAACUUUCAUACUUUGAAUUGGCCAUUCUUGAAGAAAAUGCGAGUGACUCACUGUAACAAACUGAACAAGUGGACUCAAAGGGACGAUCAACAAACCUUUCAGACCAAGAAGCACACUCUUCAUUUGAGAGGGAGUUUCCAAACUCAGAGAGACUUUUAUUAGUCGAUAAAGAUAUUCAAAUGAUAGAAGAUGGAAAAUUUCCUCAUAACAUCUUCGGCCAGGCAGAAGCACUAACAUUGGGAUGCUUUCAUGAUGAAAAUGCUGUCUUUCCUACCAGAUUCAUCCUAGAGAGAUUUCAGAAUCUACAAAACCUUGAGGUCUUCUGUAGUUCCUUUGAGGAUAUUUUCCCAGAUGAAGGACUUGUUGAUGGGGGAAGACCUUUGGUGCUUGAAAAUUUAAGAAAACUUAAGUUAAGCCACCUACACAACCUAAAGCGUGUGUGGAGAGAAAACUAUUUAGUGUCAAAAAUUCUUCAGAGUAUCAAAGCUUUUAAGGUUUGGGAUUGUCCCGAUUUGACAACAUUAUUCCCAACCAUGACAUCCUUCAAAAAUUUGACGGAGUUAGUUGUAAAAAAUUCCUCUGGAUUAGUAUAUCUAGUAACAAUUUCAGCAAUCACAAAUUUGGUGCACCUCACUUACAUGUCUAUAGUAGGAUGUGAAAGAAUGAAAGAAGUUGUGGCAAAUGAUGGAGACGAAGAAGGAAAAGUGAUUUCUCUUAGGAAGCUAGAAACAUUAGGACUUCAACAUCUGCCAACCCUAGUAUGCUUCUCCUCCACAAAUUGCAUCUUCAGGUUUCCAUCCUUGAAUUAUUUUGAAGUGGAAGAUUGCCCAAAAAUGAAGAUAUUUUCUAAGGGUCCUGUAAGCACACCAAAACAACUUCUUGCGACACUGUUCAGAUACAAUUACGAAGUGCACUUGGAAGGUGAUCUUAAUACAGCCAUACAAAAGCUUUCGGCAUAAGCAAGCGUAUGUAAAAACACUAGUACAGGGAAGGGCAGGUGCUGCAAAUGGUACAGAGACCUGGAAGUUAAUGAGGCACAGUCAAAGGUUGAGAUGAAGGAAAUUUUGAUUGAACUGGUGAAUCUUUCCAAUUACCCUGUUUUCCACUAGUUAUGCUAUAAGAUUGUUCAUUUUUUUGGGAUCAUAAAAUAUGAUAUUUUUAACAAAACGGAGUGUGUUUGGGCCUAUCUAUUACAUUCCUGCAUAAUUAUUCCAUAGUCCCAUUGGUAUAAAAGAGACUCAAUUUGUAUUUAGUCAUUGCACCGCACACUCUCUCUUGAUAACGACCUAAAGAGGAUGGAUGUUGUUAUACUUGAUAUAUGUAAUAAACUUUCAAUGACAAUCACUUACUUGAGCCUCUUUUAAUCGGGUAUAGGAGGCAUAAAAAUGUUCCGGCAGGUGAAGAUAGAGCACGUGUUUAGGGGACCAAUAGCUGUGCCGAUGCUCUAGCCAACUUGGUGAAGGAUAAGACUUUCUUGUUUUAUUUUUUUCCCCCAACUUGCGUUGUUGGCCUCUGGGCAAAUGAUAAUGACCUAAAGAUACUGCUCUUUUUUUUUUUAUGGAUAAUUGGGCUAACAACUUCCUGUGAGGUUGCCAGUUCCCAAAGUUUAGAUUUAUUAGUUAACUAGUCUGUAGUCAGAUAAUAGUAAGUCUACUGCAAGAAGUGGCAACGGGAGCAUGUCGAGAAAGAGAAGUAGAAGCCAGUCAUGCGAACUGAUUUCUACACUUUGGCCUUCUCGAGAAAUUUCAACACUCUUUCGUUUCUCCCUUCAGUCAGGAACUCUCCGGUGGGUUAGAGUGUGCUGCCCCUAUCGAUAUUCGUUGUCGCGAACUUGUUCCUACUAUCAUCAGGUCAACGACCCAACUUGACCCCAGGAAAGUCUCUCUUCUUGCUUUUGACACGGUCAAGAACGUCAAGCAAACUCUCCGCAAAAUAACUCGGAUACCUUUUAUCACCCCUUUCGAGUUCAGUCCAAAAGAACUUGCCAAAGCUCACACCGGAAGAAUGUCUCCAUUCAUUCCUGAAGAUAUUUGGAGAAGGCGUCUUUGGACUCUUCUGUGACCCUCGACUCGAGGUACAAGUUAAACUUCUCCUCCAAUCAUUCUGUUCUGAUCCCGUUCUUGUUAGGCGUCGUGCCCUCUAAGCCAGCUGCGACAAAUACCUUCCUGUCUUUCUCGAAAGCUUGGACACUAUCAAGAAGAGCAGUGAUCAGCUCAAGUCUUAUAUGCGCUACUAGAUAGAUUACUCAUAAUUUUAUUUUUUUUGUGCCGGAGGAACUACUUGGCUGACAGCCGUCACGUAAACUCUCAGGUGACGCUAGUCCAUGACUCACUACCACUAC